CGGGCCUCGGGAGGCGCGGGGGGCGGACCCGCCCGCUGCCGGCGCUGCUAGCUCGCCCGCCCGCCCGCUCGCACUCGGUAGCGCCGCGGGGCAGGCAUGGGAGUCGCACGCGUCCUCCCGGCGCCCACACCUGUUGGAGCGGCGCAGUGAGCCGCAGCCCCUGCGGGCUGCUCGGCGCGGUCACUGUCAUGCUUUCCUGUACCUGAGCUGGAAAGGAAGCUUUCUUGCCAGGGGUGCGAAUUUCAGACAGCUCUAUAAAGAUGAGGUGACUUAUUUGUGAAGACAAGAAAGAAUUUCAAGAAUGGUGCUCAGCAUGGCGGGGAUCCCAGGGCUCCUCUUCCUUUUCCUCCUCCUGCUCUGUGCUGUUGGGCAGGUGAGCCUUUAUAGCACCCACUGGAAACCCACCUGGCCUGCUUACCGCCUCCCCGUGGUGUUGCCCCAGUCCACCCUCAACCUGGGCAAGCCAGACUUUGGGGCCGAAGCCAGAUUGGAUGUGUCCUUCUCAUGUGGACCCCAGUGUCAUAAGGGGACUCCACUGCCCACUUACGAAGAGGCCAAGCAGUACUUGUCUUACGAGACACUCUAUGCCAACGGCAGCCGCACGGAGACGCAGGUGGGCAUUUAUGUCCUCAGCGGUGGUGGGGGCCAAGAGUCUUCGGGAAGGUCUCGGAGGAAGCGGCAGAUUUAUGGCUAUGACAGCAGAUUCAGCAUCUUCGGGAAGGACUUCUUGCUCAACUACCCCUUCUCCACAUCAGUGAAGUUAUCUACGGGCUGCACGGGUACUCUGGUGGCAGAGAAGCACGUCCUCACGGCUGCCCAUUGCAUCCACGACGGGAAAACCUAUGUGAAGGGGACCCAGAAACUUCGAGUGGGCUUCCUGAAGCCCAAGUUUAAAGACGGUGGUCGCGGGGCCAACAGCUCAAGCUCUGCGGGGCCGGAGAAGAUGAAGUUUCAGUGGAUCCGGGUGAAGCGUACCCAUGUGCCCAAGGGUUGGAUCAAAGGCAAUGCCAACGACAUUGGCAUGGAUUAUGACUACGCCCUCUUAGAACUCAAAAAACCCCACAAGAGAAAGUUCAUGAAGAUUGGGGUGAGCCCUCCGGCCAAGCAGCUGCCGGGGGGCAGGAUCCACUUCUCUGGGUAUGACAAUGAUCGACCUGGCAACUUGGUGUACCGCUUCUGUGAUGUCAAAGACGAGACCUAUGACCUGCUCUACCAGCAGUGUGACGCCCAGCCCGGGGCCAGCGGCUCCGGGGUCUACGUGAGGAUGUGGAAGAGGCAGCAGCAGAAGUGGGAGCGGAAAAUUAUUGGCAUCUUUUCAGGGCACCAGUGGGUAGACAUGAAUGGUUCUCCGCAGGACUUCAACGUGGCCGUUAGAAUCACCCCUCUCAAAUAUGCUCAGAUCUGCUAUUGGAUUAAAGGAAACUACCUGGAUUGCAGGGAGGGGUGACGCAGUGUUCCUUCCUGGCCACACUUGAUGGUCUUCGUGUACUUAUUUUAGGAGAGGCCAAAUGUUGUCAUUGGGGUGUGUGUGUGUGUGUGUGUGUGUGUGUGUGUGCCUGCGUGUGUGAUGUGUCACGAUACCUUUUACCUAACUUUUUAAAGUUGCAAGAUGCCUGGCUUUAUGAUUUGAAAACUGGUUUGUGUAUCCUGUAUCAUUUAAGGAGUUUAAAGGCAUACUUUUGCAUAGAAAUAAAAACAAACACACCACACUGAUGUUUGGGACAAUAGGGAAUAUUUAGCAAGUAAGUUAAUCUUUCACUUUUGGAGAACUUUGAACUUUUUUCAUCUGAACUUAAUUCAAAGGUUUAUAUUAAAUAUGUGGCAUACGGGAGAUAAGAGAUUCUUAAAUUCUUAUGUGUGUAUAUAUGUGUAUUUUCUCCUGAGAUUCAUCUUGGGGUUUUUUUGUUGUUGUUGUUGUUUUUAAUGCCUAGUCGUUAACAUUUCCAGAUGGCAGUGUUCCCCAUACAACUCUUAGGAAACUUCACGAUACUUCGUAGACAGGCGGGUAUAAUAAUUUGGAUUUGGAGGUGUUUGCACAGUAGUCCUUGAUAAGUAAAAGAAUUUGUUGACUAUAUUGGUACACCUUUUAAACUGUGUCUUACAGUAAGUCAGUAUCCCAAGUUGCUUGCAGUUUUGAAAUAGUUUCCCUCCCAAAGACUUUGCUGUCCUUCUGGAGAAGACCCAACCUAUGGCCCUGUCAGCUUUGUGAUGCACCAGAGAGGGCAAGACCAUUUAUGCCCAGCCUUCCACUUCACAGGAUUUUACUCACGUUCCUUGAACUUGCUCUUUUCCAGAAGAUAAUCGUCAGAACCCAAUUAGAAAAAGCUGUGUAUUGCUUAAUGAUUGUGGUUCCACUAAAAACAAUCAUUUCAUUUUACCCCCAGAGUAUAGCACAUCUCAUGUUUUAUCAUUUGGAUGGAGUGAUUGCAAAUGAAUUAAAUUCCAGAGAGCAUUGGACACAUAGUACGGCAGAGGUCACACCGGACUGAGCCCUUGUCUGGAGCCUGGCACAGGCCCGCAGCCGAAUCAGAAUUGUUCUACAGAGUUUUCAGUGUGCUUUCAGGGAGUGAUGGACUUGAGCGAUUCAGAAACUUCUCUCCUUGACUUCACUUACGACAGUAAAAACAUUUGGACGGUGCUUUAAGAAAAACCAAGAGGAUAUUCCCCCCCUCCCGCCCCUGCCCAACUGGCUUUAAAGGGCCUCUUUUACUGGGUUACUUGAGGCUACAGGCACAUAACAAUCAAACACCAGUAGUAAAGACGGAAGUCGGGAGAAUGCAAAGUGGAUCAGAAUUCCUGCUCCAGCAGAUGUCUGUAUGAAUGUUUUACCCAUAGGAUAAUCACAGUGUAUAAAGAAAAGAAUGUGACUUAUUUUAUGUCCUCAUUUUAUGCCUCUUAGCCUGAGCACAUCUUCCUAAAUGUCUGGGGUGGGGGGCGGGGGGAGCAGAAGAGCAAAGAGCUUACAGGACAGACGUCUGCUGGGCUUGUACCUUAGGUCAUAAUCAGCCUGAACUGUAACGCUCUGCAAGGACAUUCAGAUAUGGCACGGAAGCUUCAGCUUUCUCCGGGUGGCUUUUGGCUUGGGUUUCUUGAGCUUUUCAGAAGAAUCCUGAUAAGACAUAAGAAAUGGACAGCCACAGUGCUUUCUUCAAAUCACAUAAGAAAUAUCAUGCAUAACAAAGAGAGGUAAGGCAGCCGGGGUUCUUCUGAGUUCCAGUACAGUUUGCUUUGAAAUCUAGCAGGAACCAAGCAUGAGGAAGAAGAGAGGUCUGCCUCCCCGUGUGUGGUAUUUGGGGGGUUUUAUUUUUGCUCUUGAUUGAUGUGAAAAGUUCACUGAAUACCUAGACAAGACUGAUUUAAAAAAAUAAAUAAAUAAAUAAGAUGCUCCUUUUGUGAAGCACCUGAUUUCCUGAUUUUGAUAUUUUGCAAAGUUGAAACUUC